GCGGCGCGCAGGGGUGCUAAUAAGACUAUAAUCCUGUUUUACAGUUCCAUCCGAUGCAGACAGUCGUCCCCAAUCCAAGGUCACCUUUCUGAGGUAGCCCCGCACCAUAAGCAGCUCGUGCCCUACCCAACUUCAUCCACUCCUCGCUCUCGCCAGUCUCACAUCACAACGCGCGGGUGCGUCCAGCUCAGUCAGUAUGUCCAACAGCGAAUCUGCUCCUGAGGGAAAGGACAAACAACCGCUCUCUCUUGGCGAGCCAUCAGCCGCAUCUGAGCCAACCUACAUGGCGGAGUACAAGACUAUCAGGGGCAAAAGUACGGUCGCGCGGCGCCUCCGGGCGCGGUAUCGGGAGAAACUCCAGGCGCGUGGCAUAAAACCCCCUCCUUCGCCACCUCCACCGCUGGAGCCAAUUCUCGACCCGCUAGGACAGGAGCUCCUCGACGCCGGCGGCGAAAUCAUCUCGGAACGCUACGGCCGCUGGGUCAUCAAACACGCCUGCGGCACGCGAGUGACCAAGUUCCCAUACGGCGGGGUCCGGCCCUCAGAGGUCGAAGCGCUACGGUUCGUGGCCGGACACACCAGCAUUCCCGUCCCGCGCGUCUACGACGUAGGGGAGCGGCACUUUACAAUGGACUUCAUCCCCGGCGAGACGGUCAAGCAAGCGUGGGACCGCACGCUCUCGGCAGAGGACAGGGCGCUGGUGGCUCGCCAGCUCAGGGACUACAUCACGCAGCUACGCGCCGUCAAGAGUCCCGACGGGAGCAUCUGCUCGUUUGGCGGGCGUGAGGUGAUUGACAACCGCUGGACGCCCGUCAAGGGCGGGCCGUUUGCGGACGAGGCUGCCUACAACGAGUUCCUGGUCUCGGGCCUGCGGGAGCAGGCGGCCGUUCGCGAGAUGGUACGCGCGCAACUGCGAUUACGGGCGGACCAUGAGAUAGUGCUGACACAUGGCCGGCUGGAUGCUACUAACAUUAUAGUGCAGCCUGGAGUUGGCGUUGUUGGUAUCGUUGGUUGGGAAGACGCGGGGUAUUACCCGGAAUAUUUUGAGUUGGUCGUUAUAAUCGGUGGAGUGAGGUGUGGUUACUAUGGGGAGCUGCUGAACAUAUUUCCGCAGCGGUAUGAUGCCGAGUUCGCGGUCGAACAGGUCAUUACACAGUGGAGCAAACAUAGAUGGUACUAGAUGGGAGGAAGUAAACUUAUGGUUGUAGAUGAAAGUGUCGCCCACUCCCCGACGCCCAAGAAGGUGAAGGAUUGGUCGCAGGGGUUCGAGUAGAAGAAACUUAUCAAGCAGAAGAAAACAAGAACAAAGCUGUACAACAUAAUAUACCGAGCUCUUGUGACCGAUAAAACCUUUUAGGGUUUAGCACCUUUCCUCGGCUCCCGGAUGGAUGUCUUGCAUUCCGUUCCUGCGGUCGGGGUCUGGGCGAUAUCCAUCGGAGAACCAAAGGUCUCCCCAACAUUUUUUUGGAGGCGCUGUGAUAAACCCCUGUCCUUCCUACCCACCAUACCCCUGUCAAACAUUCUGGAAUGCAAGGGCACUUUGUUCAGGCCGUUCUGUGACACAUGUGACGUUUUCGAUUACUGAACCCCUUCCUCCCGUUCUCACGUC